UGCAAUUCAAAUAACUCCUCACCCGCCCUGAACCGAACCGGACCACAGGACAGCCUAUGACCGCAUACCCCUCCGUCGCCUCGACCAUCCGCCGCAACGCCAACAACCCUUCUCUCGCAUGGCGCCUCUUCAAGCAUCUCUCCUCCGCCUCCCCUUUCUCCGUUCUUUCCCCUUCCUCUAUCUCCUCCAUCUCCCGCAUUCUCGCUCGCUUCCAAAUGCUUCCCGAGCUCAAACAACUCCAUGGCCUCCUCCUCCUUCACCCCUCACCCUCUACACCCUCUUCUCUUACUACUCUGGCACUCUCUUCCGCCUCAUUCGGCCUCCUCGACCUCUCCGUCUCCUUCCUCCCUUCUCUUCGCUCCUUUUCUUCUCCCCCUCUCUCCUUCUACAACUCCCUCCUUCGCUCCUCCCUUCGUUUAAACCGCCAUGACCUUGUCCAAGUCAUCUAUCGUGAACUAAUUCUAUCCGGUGGCGCACCGGAUGUCCAAAGCCUAAACCUUUUGAUGCUUUCACUAAGUAAUUCUGGUCGAUUGGAUGAUGCUAUCCAUGUGUUUGAUAAAAUGCCGCUGAAGGGGUGCCAGCCGAAUGAGUUCAGUUUCGGGAUUUUGAUUCGUGCGUAUUGUGGAGCAGGACGGGCUGAGCAGGCGUUGGAGGCGUUGAAUCAAAUGGGUUCUCAUGGUUGCAGGUCGAAUUUGGUGAUUUAUAAUACCUUGAUUGCUGGGUUUUGCAGGGAAGGGAAGGUGCUUGAGGCGGAGAAAUUGGUGGAGAGGAUGAGGAUGGAUGGUUUGUUUCCAAAUGUGGUAACUUUCAAUGCUAGGAUUUCAGCUCUUUGUAAGGCUGGAAUGGUUUAUGACGCUCACAGGAUCUUGAGGGAUAUGAAAGAGGAAGGUGGUGAUGUGGGACUGCCAAGGCCAAAUCAAAUUAGCUAUAAUUUGGUGCUGGAUGGUUUAUGCAGGUUAGGAUUGGUGGAGGAAGGUGAAAUUUUGGUAGAAGAAAUGAGAAAAGAUGGGCUUUUUGUGAAGCUGGAGAGCUACAACAUAUGGUUGUCUGGUUUAGUGAGAAAUGGGAGACUUUUGGAAGCUACGAAGGUUUUGGAAGGGAUUGCAAUGUGUGGUUUGGAACCUAAUGUGUAUUCCUAUAAUAUUGUCAUCGACGGGCUGUGCAAGCGGGGAAUGGUUUCUUUUGCUAGAUCAGUAAUGGCUUUGAUGAAAAGUAGAGGGAUCAUGCCAGACGUAGUGUCCUACAGUUCUUUGUUGCAUGCAUAUUGUCUGAAAGGGAUGGUGAUAGCAGCCAACUGGAUUCUGCAUGAGAUGGCAAGCAAUGGGUGUUUUCCAAAUUCUUUUACCUGCAACAUCUUGCUGCAGAGUCUCUGGAAAGAGGGAAGAACAUGGGAGGCAGAAAUACUGCUGCAAAAGAUGAAUGAGAAAGGUUAUGGUUUGGAUAUUGUGAGCUGCAAUAUAGUUAUUGAGGGCUUAUGUCAAUGCGGACAGUUGGAUAAGGCAAUGGAGAUUGUUAGUGGUAUGUGGCUUCAUGGAAGUGCAGCGCUUGGUGAAAUUGGUAAUGCAUUCCUUGGUCUUGUUGAUGACAGAAAUGGCAGCAUUAAAUGUUUUCCAGAUCUAAUUACGUAUUCAAUAUUGAUAAACGGGCUGUGCAAGGCAGACCGCUUGGAUGAAGCUAAGAAGAAGCUGCUUGAGAUGUUGGGAAAGAAUAUCACUCCUGAUGCCAUAAUUUUUGACACCUUUAUCCAUGCUUUUUGUAAGCGGGGGAAGAUCUCCUCAGCUUUUAAGAUUCUUAGGGACAUGGAGAAGAAAGGCUGUCAACCAAGCACAAGAACCUACAACUUGCUGAUUUGGGGCUUGGGAAGGAAAAGCCAAAUCAGCGAAAUACAUGAAUUAUUUGAUGAAAUGUGUGAGAAAGGCGUUGCUCUGGAUGCUAUCACGUACAAUAACCUGAUGCAAGCUUUUUGUGACGGUGGAAUGAUUGGUAGAGCUGCUUCACUUUUAGAUGAGAUGAUGAAGCGCGGAAUCGUCCCUAAGUUAGCUUCUUUCAGCCUACUAAUUAAAGCCUUCUGCAAGGCCGGUGAGUUUGAUGCUGCUCGAAGUGCAUUCAGAACUGGUAUUGCCACCUGGGGUGAGAAGGAGGCUCUCUAUAACUUGUUUUGUCAUGAGUUUUGUAGAUAUGGGAAAGUGAUGGAUGCUAAGGAGUUAUUUCAAACUGCCUUUCAGAAGGGCUUUGUUGUUGAGAACUUCUCAUACAAAUAUCUUAUUGAAAAACUCUGCAAUGAAGACCUAGUGGAUGAUGCUCACAACUUGCUUGUUGCUAUGAUAAAUAGAGGCUCUCUUUUAGAUCCUGCUACAUUCAUGCCAGUGAUUGAUGCAUUGGGUAAGGAAGGGAAUAAAAAUGAUGCUGAUAAACUUUCUGAACAAAUGAUGGACAUGGUCGCCCGUCAUGAUGAUGAAUCAUAUAAUAAAGUUUCAGAACGCCGAAGUAAAAUGAUUGAAUCUAAAUCUCACAUUCGUGUGAUGAACAGUUCGAAAGAAGAUGAUUGGCGCACUCUAUUGCACAAAGAUGAUGGUAGUGGAAUAGUUAUGAAAGUUCUGAGGAAAGUGCAAAAGGGUUGGGGACAAGGAAGCAUACCAACCACACGCAAACGUGAUGUUGUACUCGAUGAUUGGGAAGGUGUUGGAUGAUCAAGUUUAUUCAAUCAAUAUCCAAGCCUUUUGAGUGCAAUCUAUAAGACAGAAUUGGCUAGCGAAGUUCUUGGCUACAUUCUGUAUGAAAGAUGGGAACAUUUCUGGAAUCCCAUAACUCUAAGAUGGAAUUCUUCUGGUGUUAAUAUAUGCAUGAAAGAUGGGGGAUUUACAUACAUGGCACACAAUUCUUAUAUAUUUACAUAUCCCACACCUAAACAUUCAUAUUUACACAGGCAGCACUUAAAUAUUCACUAUCACAUCAAAAUUAGCAUUAUUAUCACCUUUAAAAAAUGAAAUAUAUUUUUUCAUGUAUGGUUCCAAAGCACCAAAGUGCUAUACAUGUAUAUAUGAAAGUUUAGGUGUACAACAUGUAAAAUUAAGUAAGAAUUGCUUUCUAAGUAUCUAAAUUUUCCUAAAAUUUAUUUUCAUCGAAGUUUUUAUUUUUGUACUUGUAAAUACCACUAGCGGCGGGGCAGCGACCAACAGCUCAAGUUAACCUUCUAUCAAUGCAUCAAGUGCUCCAUCUUCUCUAUAAAUUUCACAGGACAUCCUCAUUUAAAGUUAUAAAUAAGCAGAGCCGAGCUCUAGUCUCUUCUAACUUGAACUCGGUUCAUUUGUCAAAGUGCAAGCACUAAUUUGAGUCGAGCUCAAACGGCGAACUCGAGCUCGGCUUGCAGUCAUGAUGGUCGGUUGGCUCGUGAGCACGACCCGAAGAUAAAAUUGUCACGAUAGCUGGCCAAAGGAAACAUCUAUGGGAGCUCAGUUCUUUGGUCAAAUAUCCUCCAUUCUAUGCCCUGAGUGGAUUCUUGUAUGAGGAAAAUGCACUAUAUUCUAUGCUCAAAUCAGUAUAUUUAAUAGGUCUGGUGAAAAUGGCAUCAUAUCAGUUUAAUGCCACUUCUUUUAUUUUUCUUUUUGGAGCAAGAUGAGUGCCCAAAUUCUAUUAAUUGGAAUUCUUCACUUUGUUACAUUCGGGCAUAUUGUUUUGGUUCUAUUAUAUUUGGUAAUAUGCCCCAAUUGUAUAGUUAUAAAUACACUUACU